ACCGAAACCUGUUACUGGUUUUCCUUCAGCUUUUUUGCCGCCCCCCCCCCUUCUGUUACUACUUUAAAUUUACAUGGAUUUACAUUUCUAUAUACGCUGAGUACGAAUUCACUUCUUUUCAUUGGCACAAACCUGCAGUUUCUAUAUUUUAUGCGGAUCAAACAUCAAAAUUUCUUAUUAAAAUUUCCGCCAUUUUUCCGCGAUGCCUUAUGAUAUGAACGAGAGAGCCCGAAGCGGAGGAAUGGGACUCGAUGUUGACUUUACUAUAGAUCUGAGCAAGGACAGUGAGGCGAUCCAAAACAAUGACCUUAUAGGGUUACUCAACAGUCACGAAGCGACAUCUGAUGACGAUAAAACUCUUCAAGAGAGUGAGAGUCCACGGAAUGAAGAAUUGGGACUCGAUGUUGACUUCACUAUAGACCUGAACGAGGACUGUAAAACGGUUGAAGAGGAUGAUCUGAUAGACUUACUACGUAAUCAGAGUGAUGCAUUCUCCAGUCAAGAAAGCCUUGAUGUAGAUGACAAUAAUUUCUCAGAGGGAAAUUCUGAAAUGUCUGAAACCUUUAAGGCUGAACGCAGUGGUCGACUACUUGGGACAAAUAACAACAGCAUGAGGAAGGGAACAUUGGAACAAGAAGACAACCUUUGUGGACUCCAGCCAAAGCAAGAUUCUGAAGGUAUUCUCAACAUUAAUCCCGUUUUGAAUAACACAUUCGGAAUUAAAUUGCAAUCAGAAAUUGACACACAUAUGCUUGCUCAACUAGCUUACCUGAGCAUUCGUAGAUUGUACAUGCUUACGUGUACGAUAUUAAUGAGGCGAGCUACUAAAUUAUUACAAAAUUUCGACGGCAAAGUUGUUUCAAUUUCUGGUAAAAAAUUAUGAGUGAACUAGGCUAAAAGCCCAAAAACAAUAUUACGAGACAAUCAUAACUUACGACAUUAUAAACUUUAGCAAUUUGCCAGUGUAUCAGCCGAGACGAUUCUAAUACUCACUUUCUGAGACCAAGAAAUUGAAAUAAAACCUAUUGCAAUUUAAAGGCUCCUAUACACCAUGUGCGACAACAUAGAUAGAUAGCAAACCUUUCCUUAUUAUGUGUAAAAUACUAUACGAAUGGACGAUUGAAUUAAAUAUACUUUAAGUGCUGGCUUACGCUAUCAAAGUUUCUGUGAUCACAGUAGGAAGUUUGCAUAGGUAAAUUCCAUGAUUUAAAGGAUUUGUAUGAAAUGUUCGAGGGAACUGGCUCGGUGUUUAACACUGAGUCAUUUUCCUGAAACAUUUUUUACAAAUCCUUCCAAACUUGGACUUACCUAUGCAAAAUUCCUACUGUGAUCACAGAAACUUUGAUAAUGUAAACCGGCCUUAAAUAUCACAGUCUCAUCUACACGUCAUGUUCUAAUGUUUAUCUAAUUUUUUACUUAACAGGAGCAAACGAUGGCAUCAAUGAAAGACAUCCUAGGACAGUAGGAUCUACAGAAGACCAACGAGGGAUCCCUGAGGGACACCAUUUGAUGUCAGAAGACAGUGACGAUGAUGAUUUUGGCAGGGUACUUGAGGAUAUCCAGGAAGAAGAGAGUGAAUACGAGGAUUUGAUGCGAUACAAGGGUACACAAGUUGAUAGCAAUGACAAUAAUGUUCCAGAACCGGUCACGUUUAUAGUACCCAGUACUUCUGAUUUGCGCUCUGCGCGUCUUGCUGGCCAUAACAUGAAUCUGUCGGAGAAUGCUUCGGUAAGUGUCAUAACAUUGAUCGACUGAAGAAAAGAAAAUUUCUUUAAAAUUACCCCUGAUUCUAGUUCUAGUUCUAUAAUUAAGGAAGUUGCUGAGCUUGGUAUACAGCUAUUUCAAUUAAGGUUGUCCACGAGCAAAGCGGAAAAGUCGAAUACGAGCGCGAAAGGCUGCUGGGAAUCGCUAACAAAUUAAUGAAUUUUCAAAGCGGUUCCCAGCAGCCUUUCGCGCUCGUAUUCGACUUUUCCGCUUUGCUCGUGGACAACCUUAAUUGAAAUAGCUGACAGUGUAUACUUCAUAAAAGGACAUUGGAACUAAAAAUUUAACCUAAGGAAUUUUUUUUUAUAUAUUUUUCAUUUCUAAUAGAGCGCGUCAUUUACAUCGUCUAUAAUCGUCGAUCCUGGUAGUGGAUAUUGUAAAGCUGGAUUUUCAAUUGAUGAUCAACCCAGAGUCGUUAUUCCUUCAGUUGUUGGAAAACCUCGGUCGCAGGUGGGUUUCAUACGUGUAUAUCGUAAAUGAUCUAGUAAACGCCAUGGGAGACAUUUUUAUGCCAGUGUGUGUCUAUUACGCACGUAAAAACGCGCAGUUUGUUAGAGAUCUGCAAACAAGUUGUAACAAGGUUGUUCUGAAGCCGAUAUCAGGUUGUGUUCGCACUGCUUGUUCCCAUUUGUUGUUAUACAAGUCUGGAACAAGUUGUUAUCACCUUGUUACAAGGUUGAUGACGAUAACAAAGUUGCUACAAGUUGUUCCAACAAGAUUAUCACAGGCUGUUCGUAACAAGUUUGCUACGAGUUUGUUGUCAUCAACUUGUUAACAACUUGUUACGUGCAGACGACAUCAGACUUGUUGGAACAACUUGUUGCGAGUCUGUUGGCUCUUGUUACAAGAUGAUAACAACUUGUUCCAGACCUGUCAAUAACUGGGAACAAGCAGUGCGAACAGAUGUUAGCUUGUUGACAAGUCGUCUAUUUUAGAAAAGGCCACUUAUUUGGACCAGCAGCUAGCAGUUUGACGCUUCUAAAGCAACAGUCUUCAGACGUUUGCAGACUGCACUGUGAUGAAAAUCGGUGUUCUUUUAAAACUCGUCCCCCUCCUCUUGGAAUUUGCAUUUUUCUCGAUAGAGGAGGAAUACAGUUCUACAUUGGAAAAGCCUCGUUCGUUUUUCGAAAAUGAAUUAGUUAAAUCAUUCAGCAUCGAAAUAAACUCUUUUAUAGGUGGUAAAUUCUGGACGUUAUAAAGAUUUCUAUGUAGGAGAGGAAGCCAAACAUUUACAUCAAGUUUUAAAUUUACAUCGUCCUUUAAAGAAUGGCCGGGUUCACAAUUGGGAACUCAUGGAAAAGGUAGGAAUAUCAAUGUUGUGACCGGGCGUCGAUCCCCAUAGUAAAUAAUUGUCUGAAAAUAGUUUUGCUUGACACUGCAGUCUUUCUCCCCCGGGUAUUCCACUUUCCUCCUGUAAUAACACUGAAGCAAUAUGUUAAGCAGUGAUGGCCCGUACUGAAUCACUGGAGAGAACAGUUUAGAACUGGUAGAGCUAUCCGGUAUAAAUGAAACAUAGUUGUUUCAACUUCUAUAGUGUACCACUGGAAGGUAGUGCUUAUUGGACCUGUAGGGAGAAAUGUUACAACUGAUAAAGCUAUCUAGUGUAGAUGAAGCUACACUGUAAUUUAGUUUAGGUUUCCUCCUUAUGGGGAAAACAGUUAGAUCUGAUAGAACUAUCCAGUAUAAUAAACUUUAUUUAUAUAAGAAUUCCUCUUCCAACUAAUGCUAUAUACUGUUACCAGUAGUAAAACACUGGACGAAUAAGGUAUGACCCUCACUGAACCUUUUGGGACAACAGUUUGAAACUGAAGAGCAUACCAAUUUAAAUAAACAAAGUUUUAGUUUGUGGGAGCACCACGUACAUUUAUCAUUGCAAAGCUUUCGAUCCGUAAGCCUGGAUCUUCCAUCAGUGCUAAUAAUAUAAGUGAUGAAGAUCUUCACUUUACAAACAGACUGAACUUCGACGUUUAAUUCGAGUGAAAGCCCUACUUCCCAAAGUUAGUUCGCUACAACGAAGGGCCCUCGCUCGAAAUAUCGAACUUCAGUAUUAUUCAUAGAGAGGUUAAGAUUUACCUGGUGUAAAACCAAAACCUAUUUUAUACUAUCGCCAUGCAAAACUACACAUUCAAAGAACUUACAGAUUUUUAUUUUAGUUUAGGCAAAUUUGUCUACCACUUCGCUUUCUUGUAAUUAUAUCUUUUUAUAACAGUUGCUAGAUGAAGUAUACGAAGAACUACGUUGUGAAUCAGAUCAAUACCCAGUACUGCUCAGUGAACCAGUUGUAAAUCCGAAAUCUAGCCGUGAGGAAAUGAUACAAGUGCUUUUUGAGACGUUCCAUGUUCCUGCUGCGUAUUCCUGUGCUCAAGCUAGUCUCUCGUUGUUUGCUACUGGGCGAACGACCGGUAUGAUCCUUUCCUUGUUUUCUUUAGUUUACGAGAUCAUUUUUUUUUCAGCUUGGUUUUCAUUUAAAUAGUCGGCGACACUUGCGAAC